GGCACCACGCCCCCAACCAGCGGUGAGAGUUACCCUGACUACCAGUGACCUAAGAACGCUUACACGUCUCUCUUCACACUGUAAGAGGAGUCGGGCGUAGAGUGGCUCGAAACGGGAAAGAAAAGCCUCACCCUUGCCUUGAGAACACUAAUAACAACGGAAACUAGAGAGGAAAUAGAGCACGAAAGGAAAGGACAGGAAAGCGCAGCGUGAGAUCAGUUGGUUUCGCGCUACGCUCAAGAAACCUUCAACGAGACUCAGAAGGGCUCUUGUCUCCGGCCCCUCCAUCGCCUCUCCAGGUUCCUCCAGCUCCUCCUCUACUAACUCCUCCAACACUCCUCCCGUCAUAAACAAUGUAUGAACGACGUCUGCAAGACUCGAUCGCAAAAACUGCUGGGAGCUUCAUCAGGUCCGCCCUUUGCCUCCUGCUGGUGGUGGCGACAGCCCAGGGGGUGCGCGGCCUCUUCUGCUACAGCCACAUCCCAGACAAGGAAGGAACCAACUGGGUCUUUUGUCCCAGCACUUCUUGUUACACUGUCGGGGUGAACAUAUUGGGCAUGGGUGACUCCAGGCGCGGAUGCGCCGACAAGACAUACGAAGAAGGCUGCCGCAAGGCCAAGACCAUUGUGGCUUCAGGCAGCGUGUGCUUCUGUAACAGCUUCUUGUGCAACUACUCGAGCGCCGGCCAGAAAUCCCUCUACCUUCCCCUUCUCAUAUUGCCCUACGUGAUUCAUAAGUUCCUGUAGAAGAGGGACCCGGCGUGUCAUCUCUGGACACUCACACAAUCACUCACUCACUCACUUACUCACUCAGUCAAUUUUCGCCUCAGUCAAUCGUUAGUUUCAUUGAUUUUUAGUUUAAAACUUUCCAGUUAUAUAAUGUGUUGACAUUGUACUUCUUUUCACAUCUGUUUAAUUUGAUGUUAACACAGACGAUCGGAAAUCAAACAUUUUUUUUUUUGCAACUCCUCUGAUGGUAGAUGCCACUUCAAAGAGGGAAAAUCAAAAGUUAUGACUGUAUGCAAUAUUAUUACAUGAGGCGUAUGACGUGAGUAUUUCUUUCAUUUAUUUUUUGUCAACUCUUUUUCUGACGAGUGUUCAUGAUUAAGCGUUAUGAGUUUCAGUUCCAAGAAGAAAUUCAGCUAAUCGCUUGGAUACUCGCGACUCAGCCUGAGGGACACAGCGGAGCCACCUCGCGACGCCAUGCCAUCACAUUUCCCCUUAAAGCUUGUCCGUUGGCCAAUAAAACGCAUAUUAUUAUGAAGGACGAAGACCGAAAGGGACCCCUAAUGUUUGUGGGUUACUAAACUUAACUGAAAAAAAAAAAAUCAUGUCUGUAGUACAUACAUUCUAGAAAAUAGGAUUUCCACGUUGACACUCGAUGAGAACGAUGUCGAUGGUGAUACCACAGACACAGAAGCAAUAAAACAGUUAUAUUUGUUACUGAAGAGGUUACAUUUCGAUGGAUAAAUUAAAUCCCACAAACAAACCGAACAUCCUUUUAUGCUGUUACAUCAUCACGUAAAAAUAAAAAAAUAAAAAAAAACGCGGAAAUAAGAGUAGCUUUCGGCGAAGAAUCCUCAGCAGGACAAACGUGUCUUCAGGCUCAGAAAACACCACCACCACAAAAAAACACAUUGCACUCGGCCUUCAGUUGUCUCCAUCAGCGCGGACCCAAAGGGAGGACUUAAAAACUAAAACAAAAAAUUGGCGCACUCGAAGGCUUCCAUGACGAUAACGACAAAGAAACAGUAACGGUGAGCUCUGUGACGCCCCCUGCUAUAGUAAACAUGUAAACGACAAAUAGGCCCCUACACACUUCAAAGGAGAAAACCAUCCAACAAAAAGCUGCCUUGACGUGGGAUGAUGCAUGGAGGCGUGAAUUACAGGGCAGCAACAGAGCACUUCUUAAAAGGAGUGGGAAGGAUAAACAAUAUCCAACCCGAAUUCAGAACAAAAUGAUCAACUAUCUAGCAGAGCUCGGGAAGCUUGUCUAUAGUACGACCCUUUGUCUAUAGGAGAGUUGAUAUUCCGUACAGUAGAAGUGAUGCCUCAGUGUCUAGCUACAAGCAUGCAAGACGUAGGUAGUGAUGGUGGUGUUUGCAUUUUGGCAAUACAACACAAAACACGCUCGAUCCUCACUUUGUAUCGUGAGUGUCGUAGUUGAAAACGAGAGCAAAAUGGAUUACGUAAAUAUAUAUAUAAAACAAAUCUAUAUACAUAUAUACAUACACACAUAUGAAUUUAGGCUUAAUACUGUAAGCUUUAUAUACGUUUAGGUUUAUCAGUAUAAACAUGUGUGAAGCGUAUGAAAGCUAUACAUAACGGCCGGAGGUUAUAAUUGAUGUAAAAAGUGAAAAUAAAGUAUAUAGUGUUAUGUAAUUUCACCACGGCAAGAUCUCACUUCCUCACACUUUUGGUAUACCUGUCGGCUCCUCGUUUCCUGAAGUUUUUCUCGAGCGUAACAACCUCGGAAGACUGUCCAAAGACUUGUCGUGGGAGGUUCACCGACAUGCGUCAGCAACGUCGAGUUUUUGCCGUACAUGACGCGCUAACACACCAAACGCAAAACACAAAACUGACAAUAAACCUCAAACCUUUUAUGGGAUGAUUUGUAGGUAGUUAUGAUGGUUAAUGACGAGAAGAAAGGAUGAUAAAUGAUACUUUUUGCUACAUUGUGAAUACAUGCACCGACUCGAUCCACGAUGAUUUGCAGCAACUCAUCCAUGCUGUCUUUAUAUUAGAUCAAUUUGUAUCACCACCGCAGAGAGACGAUAUUCCAUGGCAUAUUUUUACUCUCAAGGGAUGUUUUUUCGAGGGAGGUUAUAGUUUCCUAAGUGUUGUUCUGUAGGAAGAGAGAUUUCACAUCCUUGAAUAACCUGGCUUUGAGAAACUGAAAACACAAAUUAAAUUGAUCAACAGCAAUUUUACACAACCGAGUUCAUGGAUCAUACGGAAUUCCAAUCAGGCAGAAGAAAAUGGCGAUGAGAAGCUAAGCACAUACAAAAGCCAGGAAGAUUCAACGAGUCCCUUUAGAUGAUAAGAUAGUCUGCCUUUCCACAGUUCGUAGUUUAAAGUUGCUCACGGUCAUUACCUAAAUUUCUAAAUCUACCCCUUGUUAUACCCUCGCCACACACACACACUAAGUUCGCCAUCACAGCUCCCGUAGGACGAAAGGUUAAUACUUAAAACAAGGUAGUGAGUGGAUACAACUUGUAGAUAUUUUGUAUUGUUUCCGCUGUAUACUAUAUUUGAACGAGGCCUGGACCAGCAAGCGACUCUACGACACACCGAUUGCUUCUCGGAUUAUCUUGACACGUUCUACGGAAGUGCUUUACUGGUCAUUAUUACUGUAUUUUGUAUAAGCAGUUGGUUGUAUGCGCAGGCAAGGAAUAAAAGUUACCAUGUACGUGCUGCAGUGUGUAUUCCUCUGUGUAUACAUGAUGGUUGUCACUAAUGUCCUUGUAUUGCCUAAAAUAUUGUUACCAUUACUAUUAUUAUUGAUUUUCA